CCCCCGUUCCACUUUAGAAAUUCUAACGCCUUUCUUUCGAACAUUUCUGUACAUUGAUCAUUUUCCCGCCCUUCCACAUCCGUUGCCAAGGGAUCACUCACGUCACAGGCCUUCCUCUAAUUUCCCCACCUACGUUUUUUUUCAGUCCCAAAAUGGCCGACUUCUUCAACCACCAUCCCGGCGGUGACUGUUGCCUCAGUCUAUGGUAUAGCGAGGCGCUCUAUCCACAAGGCGAACUCGACGGUACAGUCCUGUCGGAUGUUCUUCCUCUGUCCAUGACGGCAGAGGAAAAGAGUCAACUGGCGGCGUACAGUAGAGGGCGCUGUGAUGACUUCUGGGCGGUGACGAUGCUCUUGCUGCAGCGGCGGGGAGCGAGCGAGGAGUGAGUCGCGGCGUGCGCGCUCUUGGAGCCGUUGCGGUAGUUGCUUUUUCGCGCUUACCUUUCCCCGCUUCUUCUUCAAAGCUUCCCGCAGCGGCGGCGGUUUGGUCGAAGAAGAAUGUUCCGCAAGGCGCGGCGCGUGAACGUGCGGAAGCGGAACGAGUCUGAGGACGACGACGAAGAGCGAGAUGAAGCGUUACCGUCGCAGCCGCCGCCGCCAGGAGGUGAUGGGCCUGCGGCGGAGACUGAUCUGCCAGCCCCUAAGCCACCGCUGCUGCCGCUUCCGACAGGCUGCGUUCCUCUCGUCUCCUCCUCCGGCGGAGGGUUCGCUUUUAGCAAUGCUGAGGUGGUGGGCCGGGGCGGCCCCGGUUUGCCGGCCCCAGACUUGCAGCCGCCGCCCCCCCCGCUUGCGCUCGUCCCGCCGCCGCCGCCGCCUUCGCAGCAGCUGCCACUGGGAAACAACGGGCACGUGUCUGCUGUUUCUAAGCCGAAGGAGCGGAAAAAGGGCAAAGAAUCGGUUGCCGUGUCUGGUGUGCCCCGCGGAAGCCUCAGUCUGCUCAGCUUCCAGGACGAGGAAGAGGAAACUGAAGUUUUUAAAGUGAAGAAAUCAAGUUACAGCAAAAAGAUAGUAAAGCUGCUUAAGAAAGAAUACAAAGAAGAUCUUGAAAAAUCAAAGACGAAAACAGAAACAAAUUCUUCAGCAGAUGAUGAACAAACUGCAGACAAAAUAGGACUGUUUAAAGAUAUAGUUCAGGAAGAUGGAGCUACAAAUAGUGAACAAGGAGAAGAAGAAAUGGAAGUUGAAAGUGAGAAGGAAGAUGAAAAAACAAAAGCUGCAGGAGCAUUUUCCAGUGCUUUGUCAUCUCUGAAUGUUCUGCGUCCAGGAGAAAUUCCAGAUGCUGCUUUUAUUCAUGCUGCUAGGAAAAAGCGCCAAAUGGCUCGUGAACUUGGUGACUUUCUUCCCCUCGACAAUGAUCCUGGUAAAGGGCGUCUUGUGAGAGAAGAUGAAAAUGAUGCCAGUGAUGAUGAGGAUGAUGAUGAGAAGAGAAGAAUAGUUUUUUCAGUGAAAGAGAAGUCCCAGAGACAAAAGAUCGCAGAGGAAAUAGGUAUUGAGGGAAGUGAUGAUGAAGCUCUCAUUGCUGGAGAACAGGAUGAAGAACUAAGCCGGUGGGAGCAGGAACAGAUACGGAAAGGCAUUAAUAUACCUCAGGUUCAAGCAAGUCAGCCUGCUGAAGUGAACAACCUCUACUACCAGAAUGCUUACCAGACAAUGCCUUAUGGUUCAUCUUAUGGCAUGCCUUACACAUAUGCUGCAUAUGGAUCAUCAGAGACAAAGUCUCAAAAAACAGAUAACAUAAUACCUUUCAAAACCCCCAGUAAUGAGAUGGCUCCUGUUACUAUUGAUUUGGUAAAGAAACAGCUUAAAGACAGGUUGGCGUCACUGAAAGAAUUUCACAAAGCCAAUCAACAACAACAUGAGAAGCAUCAGCAAAAUCGUGAUGACUCUACCAAGACAAUUGAAAGAUUGGAAGGAUCUUCUGGGGGUGUUGGUGAACGGUAUAAAUUUCUGCAAGAAAUGCGAGGGUAUGUCCAAGACUUGCUUGAGUGUUUCAGUGAAAAGGUGCUCCUGAUUAACGAACUUGAAUCAGCAAUGCACCAGCUGUACAAACAGCGCGCCUCCCGCCUUGUCCAAAGACGACAAGAUGAUAUUAAAGAUGAAUCUUCGGAGUUUUCAAGCCAUUCAAAUAAAGCACUGAUGGCACCAAACCUUGAUUCUUUCGGGCGAGAUAGAACGCUGUACCAAGAACAUGUAAAAAGACGGACUGCCGAAAGGGAAGCUAGAAGAGCUCGUCGUAGACUUGCCAGAGAGCAAUUUGGGAAAAUGGCUGAUCACCUUGAGGGUCUUUCUAGUGAUGAUGAAGAAACUUCAACAGAUACAACAAACUUCAAUAUGGAGCGAGAUCGCAUUUUGAAAGAGUCCAGCAAAGUUUUUGAAGAUGUAUUAGAAAACUUUUCCUCCAUUGACUGUAUUAAGUCACAAUUUGAAGCCUGGCGUUCUAAGUAUUUGUCUUCAUAUAAGGAUGCUUAUAUUGGACUUUGCUUACCCAAGCUGUUAAAUCCUUUAAUAAGACUUCAGUUAAUCACCUGGAAUCCUUUGGAGGACAAAUGCCAAGAUUUUGAAAGUAUGCUGUGGUUUGAAUCCUUGCUAUUUUAUGGAUGCGAAGAAUAUGAUCAGGAGAAAGAUGAUGCUGAUGUUUCACUGUUGCCUACUAUUGUUGAAAGAGUGGUUUUACCAAAAUUAACAGUGCUGGCUGAAAAUGUAUGGGACCCCUUUUCUACAACCCAAACAUCCAGGAUGGUUGCUAUUACCCAGAAACUAAUUAAUGGAUACCCUACAGUAGUACAUGCAGAAAACAAAAAUACCCAGACAUUACUCAAAGCCCUCUUACUUAGAAUGAGACGAACACUAGAUGAUGAUGUGUUCAUGCCACUUUAUCCCAAAAGUGUUUUAGAGAACAAGAACUCUGGUCCUUACUUGUUUUUCCAGCGCCAGUUUUGGUCUUCAGUUAAGCUAUUGGGAAACUUUCUGCAGUGGCAUGGAAUAUUCUCCAACAAAACUUUACAGGAAUUAUCAAUAGAUGGUUUGCUAAAUAGAUACAUUCUUAUGGCUUUCCAGAAUUCUGAGUAUGGAGAUGACAGCAUUAAGAAAGCUCAAAGUGUAAUUAACUGCUUCCCUAAACAGUGGUUCACUAAUCUUAAAGGAAAUAAGACAGUAUCACAUCUAGAAAAUCUCUGUAGAUACCUCGUUCACCUUGCUGAUACAAUAUACAGAAACAGCAUUGGAAGCUCUGAUGUAGAAAAAAGAAAUGCAAGGGAACAUAUAAAACAGAUAAUAAAACUUCUAUCAAGUAUUCGAGCAUUGGACCAUGCUGUUACAGUAGCAAAUGAUCAUAAUGUGAAAGAGCUAAAGAACUUAAGUGAAGGGAAAUAAAAUUGUGUCAAUUAAUUCUACAAUAUAAAAAUCAUUCCUGAACUGUAAUUUUGUACAUAUGUAAAGCUUUCUUAAAUUGUAAACAAUUGAUUGUUUUUAAGACAAAGUGCAUUCUUAAAUACAUCAUAUGUAAUAGUGUUGAUGUCUUUAAAAAGUGAAAGCCAAGAUUUUUCACAUGCAUCUUGUUUACAAAAACUUUUAUACCCCGUGAUGGCCAUCUAUUCAGUUAAUUUCCCAGUAGGUGAGAAAUUCUGUAUGAUAAAAUGAAUUAAUAGAUGAUUUGAAAAUAUUUAUACUUCCAUAGUUAUGAUACCUUUUAAAGUAAACUUUUUGUUUGCUGGAAUUGGUCACAAAUACAUAAUAUAAUAUGGCCUUAUAAGAGUAAACAAGCUUCCCAAAAAAUACUUUUAUGUUGUUAGAAGUAUACAUAUUGAUCAUAAAGUAAUAUUCUUAAAAUUCAGGUGGAAAACCUGCAGCCACAGUUCCAGUUACCCAAUAAAUUAUAUUUCAGGUGAAAUUAUUUGUGCCAUGUAAGCUAGAUUCUUAUUUUAGGAGCCACACUGCUAAAUUACAAGUAUUACAUAUUUUUUUAUAAUUAACUCUUUGGUAUGCAUUUUCUCAUAACAUAAUUUAGAAUAUUAGGGGUAUCCCAAAAUGUCCAUAGGAUUUAAUAUCCUGUGAUCAUUGACUGAAUAUUCAGAAAGUUACUUGGAUUGUUUAAGACUAACUUUUUGGUUGUCAUGGUCUGCUCCUAAGUUUAGUUUGAAUUCAGAAGAAUGUUGUCACUAUAGAUAUCCUUCUUGAUCUUAUCUUGAUAUGUAGUCCUUUGUACCUGAGAAAAGAAGUGGACUACCAAAUCAUCGUACUUUAUCAUGGUCUUGUCAUGUGAUGGAAAGAAAAUAUUAAAUGUACAGUUUGUCUUUUGGACACUAAAUAAUUUUCUGAAUUCCUUGCCCUGAUUAUUUUCAGUCAAGCCCAAAAUGGUGUCAAGCCUUUAAACUUACAUACUAACAGCAAGAGAUUAUAGUUAGUAUCACCAUAUUGAUGGCAGACAUCAGUAGAAUACAAUGUGGGCAAUUUGUAAUGAUUUCCAUCCUGUCCUCCAAAUCUGUUUGAGAGGAAAAGUAAGGACAAUCUGUUUCAGUAUUUCUUAUGAGAAUAAAUAGAAUUUAUAUACCUGGGAAUAUGGAAAUACAAUCUAUACUGAUAAAUUCUUGACAUUAUUUAUGUUGGGUUGUCAUGCAGAUUACCAGUACCUGUUUAAUAAGCCUCUCUUGGAACACUGAAUGGGAAGGACAACUUUUAGCAACUAAUUUUCUUCUUUGCAACCCUUGCACUGACUGCGUCCAGCAUUAUUGAGCAGCAAAGGGUUGCAGCUGAAAGACAAACAUACUGUAAGGGCUUACAUGUACAGUAUUUCUGUCCCACUUCCUUUGUACAGUGCCAUCAGAUGUCAUCUGAGUGCAAGUCUAUCCUAUUGUGCAGUUACAUAACCAAAUUCUGCUAUGAGGAAAAAGGAAGAAAUGGGAUACAUUCCUAUGUAAAACUGAAUAGUAGAUAUUUUUAUCAAAAUGUCUUUUAACACUACUCAAGCUAAGAUUAAUGUUGAAAUUUUGGAGGUAAAUGAUGUAGAGCUCGUGAAGCUAGAUCUGAAAAUGUGUAAUCCAAUAGAAGGCUUAGCCAUCUACAAAGUUACAAAGAGACUUUUGUCUCGGAAAGUGCAACUAAGAAUAAUGCUGAUUCAUUUUGUGCGUGAUUGCUGACAGUAUUAAGAACUUUUAUCAUUCAUUCACAUAUCCUUAUUUUACAUGUAUAUCCAAGUCCAGAGGUAAGCAUAUUCCCCAGACCAGAUUUGUGGAAAUCAUAUAUAAAGACACCUUUUCUAAAAUUUAAAAAUUCAUUUUAGAAAUGCUAGUCUUUUCUGAUGCAACAUGAAUCACAAAAUCUACUGUUCCCUCUUAUGAUAUGCACAAUUGAAAUAUAUUCCCUGGGAUAAAUUACAAUUAUCUACAUUUGGCUAUACUAUUAUUUUUUUAGAGCUUGCUCUACAAUAAGUUUUCAUGCCACUCUAAAAAAAUGGCAGUUUUUCAAGUUUUUUUAGUUCAUUGUCUGUAAUACAUAUAUUGCUUUGGUUGUCUGAAUAAUGAUAUGCUAAC